GGAGGCGGCUGCCGAGCGACCAUGUCCGGCCCGCGGGAGCAGCCCGACGCAGCGCCGUUCCUCAGCCAGGCCGACGACACCGAGGACCGGGAGAGCACCCCCGGGCCCGGCACCGACCGGGGAGAAAGCCCGGCGGGGUCGGAGCUCCCUGGAGGCGGAGGCGGGCCCCAGCGGGAAGGCCUGCGGCUCCUCACCGGCCUCUCCGCCCCCCGGUCCGUCCUCAUCGUGGGGGUCCUCUGCUACAUCAACCUCCUCAACUACAUGGAUAGGUUCACCGUGGCGGGUGUGCUCCCUGAUAUCGAGCAGUUUUUUGGCAUUGGCGACAGCAGCUCCGGCCUCAUCCAGACAGUGUUUAUCAGCAGUUACAUGAUCUUGGCGCCCGUGUUUGGUUACCUGGGCGAUAGAUACAACCGGAAAUACCUUAUGUGUGGAGGGAUAGCGUUCUGGUCACUGGUAACGCUGGGCUCCUCCUUCAUCCCUAAGGAGAGAUUUUGGCUCCUCCUCCUGACCCGGGGGCUGGUGGGGGUUGGGGAAGCCAGUUAUUCCACCAUUGCCCCCACCCUUAUUGCCGACCUCUUCGUAGCCGAUCAGCGGAGCCGCAUGCUUAGUAUCUUCUAUUUUGCCAUCCCUGUGGGGAGCGGUCUUGGGUACAUCGCCGGCUCGAAGGUGAAGGACGUGGCUGAAGACUGGCACUGGGCGCUCAGGGUGACCCCGAGCCUCGGGGCAGUGGCCGUCCUGCUGCUGUUUCUGGUGGUGCGGGAGCCGCCUCGGGGAGCCGUGGAGCGCCGCUCGGACGACCCUCCCCUCAGCCCCACGUCAUGGCGGGCCGACUUGCGGGCCCUGGGCCGGAAUCCCAGUUUUGUGCUGUCUUCGCUUGGAUUCACCGCCGUGGCCUUUGUCACAGGCUCCCUGGCACUGUGGGCCCCGGCCUUUCUCCUGCGAUCCCGGGUGGUCUUGGGGGAGACCCCGCCCUGCCUUCCCGGGGAUUCCUGCUCUUCCUCAGACAGCCUGAUCUUUGGCGUGAUCACCUGCUUGACCGGUGUCCUGGGCGUGGCGUCGGGGGUGGAGAUCAGCCGCCGGCUCCGCCGCUCCAACCCCCGGGCCGAUCCCCUGGUUUGUGCCGCCGGCCUGCUGGGCUCGGCCCCCUUCCUCUUCCUGGCUCUCGCCUGCGCUCCCAGCAGCAUCGUGGCUACAUACGUUUUCAUUUUCAUCGGGGAGACGCUACUGUCCAUGAACUGGGCCAUCGUCGCUGACAUCUUGCUGUACGUAGUAAUUCCUACCCGCCGCUCCACAGCAGAGGCCUUCCAGAUCGUCCUCUCCCACUUGCUUGGCGAUGCUGGCAGUCCCUACCUCAUUGGCUUGAUUUCGGACCGGCUGCGUCGAGGCCGGCCCCCAUCCUUUCUGUCCCAGUUCCGGGCGCUCCAGUUUUCCCUCAUGCUCUGUGCCUUUGUCGGGGCCCUUGGUGGGGCCGCCUUCCUGGGCACUGCCCUCUUCAUCGAAGGGGAUCGGAGAAGAGCCCAGCUCCACGUGCAAGGCCUCUUGCGGGACGCUCCUUCUCCGGACGAACGGAUCGUGGUUCCCCAGCGAGGCCGCUCCACCAAGGUCCCGGUGUCGAGCGUGCUCAUCUGAGCCGGGAAUACCGGACAGAGCUCCCUUGGGAUCACAGAGCUGGGGCCGGUGGCGCUCAGACCGAUUGGUUCCCCUGGACCCCCCUGUACCUGAGACCACCCACCUCUUCCUCCCCACCUGGCUUCCUGCUGAACCUGCGAAUAGCGAAGCCCAGACUUCGGGCCUGUGACCCAGAAGGUGAAAGGGAGAGACGGCACUUCAGCAUGUGGGGCUCACACACGCGCUCACACACACACUAGACAAGCCCACCGCCUGUGUGAUCGCUCAGGCCGCGUGCGCCCGCCUACCCCUGCCAGAGUCGGGUGGUCUCGGGGGGGAAGCCGAGGAGGGUCUCCUGAACCCUGGACAGAUUGGAGGCCGGGGAGGAGUGAGGGAUUGGGAGUCGUUCGUUUCCCUCGCUUUGAGAGGGCUGUUGGAUUGAGCCGCCCUCCUCUCUUGCCCCCGGGGCCGCGACCUGCCCCUUCUCUCUGGCCGCGGAUCCCCAGGAGGGGGGACUGCUGCUUUUUCCUUUCUCUAGCAGGAGGCCCUGGUGCUAUUUGUAUCUGAAUAAACUUUUAACCAGA